CAAAAUUAAAACAGUGAAGGGUUAGCCCACGUUUUCCUUUCCCAACGAAAACGAAACCACAAAAACGGAGCCGGAGUUGGAUCAGAGCAGAAGCGCAUUUUGGUUUCGAAAACCGGUGUCGCAAAUGGCUUCGAAUCCUUCGCUUCUGCCCGAGAUCGGACCCGAUGGCCUCCCGCGUGAAGCCCCUGUUAUUGCCUACACCGAGAAGAUUAUUGAGGCAGAGCAGCUUCAGUUAAAGAAAUACAUUGAAGAAAAUUAUUCUAAAAUUCGUGAUGUUGAAAGAGAGCUAGGAAAUCUUACAUUGGAGAUGAAACUCACCGCUGGGCCAAAAAAAGCAGCACUUGAACAUUUGAGAAAGAAAAUAGAAAUGUCAACGGAGAGGAUUCAUGUUGCCAAGCUGAAGGAAGAACAAGCACAAAAGGCGUGGGAGGCAGCAUCAAAGGCUGUGAAAGAUGAGGAAGCAAUUAAGCAGAAGCUAUGUGAAGACUUGAGCCAAUUGGUUCAAGAAAGCAGUAGCAUACAGUUUAAUAGACUGGGGGAAUUGAAAAGACGACUAGAAGCCUUGAACCCGGGUAGAGUAUCCACCUCUAUUCCUCUUGAUGGGAAAGCAGUGGGACCUCCCGUGAAUAGCACAGCUACAAAUGCUUCAGUUCCUCGAACAACAGAACCAGGUGCUGGAGUCACUGCAAAUGUCCCCAAUGAAGGAAGUGGUGGAAAUGGUCCAGUGAUGAAUGGGCAAAAUCAACAGCCCUCUGUUGAGGGAGAAGGAAGAGGGAAGAAGAAAAGUCAGUUCCAAGGAAGAGGAAAGGGAAUUGGGGCUGUGCCUAAGGGUAGAGGAUCUCCCGCACCGGGCUGGACUGGCGCCGGGUUUGAUGUGGAUGGUAGAACCUAGGACCACCACUCCGAAUUAUUUCCUAGAGCCAUUGGACAAGAAUCUGUCGCUUUUGCUCGGCUGCCGGUACAUUUUUUAGUUGAUGUUUUUGCUUUCGUGCAUUCUUUUAAUUGCCUAUAGUUUGUUGAUAAGAAAAUGCAAUCUGACCUUCCUGACUUCUCAUUAGUACUUGAAAGUCAUGUACACGAAUACAAUAUUUCAAUAAGAAUUACUAAUAUCACUUUUCAA